AUGUUUAUAAUGAAACGUAAAUUUUUAAUGGAUGCUUUGUCAUCGAGAGAAAGUCAAUCACUUUCCUGCAUUAAAGAAAAAAAGCAAGGAAAAAUUUAUUUAGCUCUCAUAAGUGGAUUUUUUGCAACUACUGGAAGUAUAUUGGGUAAACUUUCUAGCAAUAUAGAAAUGAAUUCCAUAUUUGAAUUGCUAAUUAAAGGAAUAUUUUUACUAUUGAUGAUAACAAGCAACACUGUGGGAUGUAUCUUUUUCGUAAAAGCACUCAAUAUCAGCAAAUCUUCUCUAUCGUGUACAAUAACCAGCGCCACCACUAGUUACGUUUGCUCGGCCUUUGCGGGUUUCUUAAUUUUUAAUGAACAAACAUCGUUAAAUUGGUGGUUUGGUAUAUCUCUCAUUAUUCUGGGUUUAUUUUUUGUUAAUUAUACUCCAUUUAUAAGUGAUUCUGUAGCAUCAUUAAAAUCGAAAAAUGAAUAAUUUUGAAAAAACAAUUAUUAUAUUAUAAUAAAAUAAUAUUAUAUUAUUAUAUUAUAUCUUUAUUUUAAUAUGUAUGUAUAAAUAAUAUGUAUGUAUAAAUAAAUAAAUAAACAAUUAUCGUUUUAAGAAAAUAAAAAAA